AUGGCUGUUGUUGACAACACUGGGCACUUGGUAGAAGAAACAACGUGGUCAGAGGCAUGGAUUUGGAAGUCAUAUGGCAAGAUUAUGGAUCCUACGGGUGCCUGUGAGUAUAUGGUAGAAAUAGGCGACAGGGAAUCAGCCAAGAUUAGAUUGGAAAGCUCACUGUCUGCCAUUUUCAAUUUUCAGAGUCUGUUGACUGUGAUCUUGCUGCUUAUAUGUGCCUGUGCUUAUGUCCAAUCCUUGGCACCCAGCCUCCUGGACAGAAAUAAAACUGGAUUGUUGGGUAUAUUUUGGAAGUGUGCCAGAAUUGGUGAAUGGAAGAGUCCUUAUGUUGCAAUAUGCUGCAUAGUGAUGGCCUUCAGCAUCCUCUUCAUACAGUAGCUUGGGAAAAUGCC